AUGAAAUUCCUUUGCAAAUUGAUUCUUGUUAUUGGCAUGCCUUUUGUUGUCACAAGCAACGAAUGCCCGACGCCUUGUCACGCCUCGACAACCGCGGCAUCAAGCACUCAACCUCUGCUUCCAACCCAAACUAUCACGGUCGGCGGGGGAACGAACCUUCGGUUUAGUCCGCCAUACCUUCAACGCGUUGUGCCAGGAACGACAUUGCGUUUCGACUUUCUCGGGCGGAAUCACACCCUUACGGAGUCUAGUCGCGAUUUGCCAUGCACGAAGCUUCGGUCACCUUAUGCCAUCGAUACCGAUUUCCAGAAUUUUAACCCAAAUGACGUUUCUGGCUUAAAGACGUUUGACCUGAAAGUCACUUCAUUUGAUCCAAAGUUCUUUUACUGCAAACAAGGGAACGGCACGCCCAACGGACAUUGCUUAAAGGGUAUGGUUUUUGCAAUCAAUGUGGCGGAUCAGGUGUUUAAGGAUUUUCAAACCAAGGCAAUGAAGUCACGACCAAUGUUUCGAGGCUUGACAAGAUCAAAGUCGGUUAACCUUUAA